CCCACGCGGCGCGCGAGGCCGAGCGAGGAAGGAGUCGAGCAGGCGGAGUGAGGUACGCGCGUGUCGCUCGCUCGCUUUGAAUAAACCCCACACAUACCUUCCCCCCACCACCACCACCUCUCUCUCUCUACCCCCCUCCUCUCUCAUCCUUUCUCUCUCUCUCGCUCUGUCCGUCGCGUCUCCUCGGCGUGUCCCCCGGACCCACAUGAGCGUUGUUGUUGUUGGGGGGGGUGAGGUGGUACGGAAGUGGGGAUCGAUCGGAGUGGACACAGCCAAGAGCGGCGGGCGAAGAGGAUCGCAAAGUCCGGGGUCGACGUGCAGCCGAGCGAGUUCCUACACGGGUAGAAGAUGGGGGCGUUUUUGGACAAGCCGAAGACGGAGAAGCACACGGCGCACGGCUCUGGCAACGGGAUGUGCUACGCCCUGAGUAGCAUGCAAGGCUGGCGGGUCGAGAUGGAGGACGCCCACGCCGCGGUGCUGGGGAUGCCACGCGGCCUGAAGUCGUGGUCGUUUUACGCUGUCUUUGACGGGCACGCGGGGUCGCGCGUGGCCACCUACUGCUCCGAGCACCUGCUGGAGCGCAUCACCAACACCAAGCCCUUUCAGUUGCUCGUCCCGCCGGCCGAGCCGGGCGUGGAUGACGUCAAGCAGGGCAUCCGGACCGGUUUCCUGGAGAUCGACGAGCACAUGCGCACCAUGUCCGACAUCAAGAACGGGCUGGACCGCAGCGGCACCACGGCCGUGUCGGUGAUGGUCAGCCCCAGGCACUUGUACUUCAUCAACUGCGGCGACUCGCGAGCGGUGCUGUACCGCGACGGGGGAGUCCACUUCUUCACCGAGGACCACAAGCCGUGCAACCCGCGCGAGAAGGAGCGCAUCCAGAACGCGGGCGGCAGCGUCAUGAUCCAGCGCGUCAACGGCUCGCUGGCCGUCUCGCGCGCCCUCGGGGAUUUCGACUACAAGAGCGUAGACGGGAAAGGUCCCACCGAGCAGCUCGUCUCUCCCGAGCCGGAGGUGUACGAGGUGGAGCGCAGCGACAAGGACGAGUUCAUGGUGCUGGCGUGCGACGGCAUCUGGGACGUGAUGUCCAACGAGGAGCUGGGCCAGUUUUUACGUUCGCGUCUGCUGCUGAGCAACGACCUGGAGAAGGUUUGCAGCCAGGUCCUGGACACCUGCCUCCACAAGGGCAGCCGAGAUAACAUGAGCAUCGUGCUCGUGUGCUUUCCCAACGCUCCCAGGCCCUCGCCUGAAGCCGUGAAACAGGAGGAGGAGCUCGACAAAUUCCUGGAGCAGAAGGUGGAAGAGUUGCUGGAGAAGCACGCGGAGGACAGGACCCCUGACAUGCCCUCGGUAAUGCGAGUUCUCUCCUUGGAAACUAUCCCCAACCUUCCACCAGGAGGGGGCCUGGCUAGCAAGCGGAGUGUGAUCGAGACAGUUUACAACCGACUGAACCCGGACAGGGAAGAUGAAGUGAGCUCUUUGGACACCGACGAUGCCUGGUAGCCUCACUGACAAGAUGCCUUUUGAAAGAAAUGUUUUAGGUGAAUCCAUAUUUGCUGUUCUGCCAUGUGGAGCAGAUAAUGACAGCUUUAAAGUGGCUGCUGUCUGAUGUUUGCCCUGAAAAGUUAAUUAUUUGACGAGAGGUGUAAAGUGUUACUUAUGAAAGCCGAUGGUGAGUGACUUGCAGUUUUUAUCUUCGGCAGCUUUUGGGGUUUGCCACAAAUGAGAAGUGACUGCUGUUGAUUGAUCAGAGUGUGUCGGAAAGUUGAAUAGACAGAGCAAUUAAUUCACCUUCUAUAUCUCUUUGUCAACCGUUUUUGCCUAACUCUUUUCACUGUGUGGCAUGGGUUUCAAAGAGGACUAGGUCUCGGACCAUGUUUAAUUCCAUCGCACGUGUCGUCGCGCAGAGCUCAUGAGGGGACGAAGAUGGGCGAGUUGUUUGUCCGUGAUGACGAGUGUACGGUAGCUAAUGGUGAACUUUAAACCCACGACCCCAUUACCCCCACCGGUCCGUUCAGCCAUCGUUUCACUGACGUGGGUAAUUUAAUUCGUUUUUCUUUAAUGGCUUCAAGAAUAAACCUUUGAUGAUAUUGCACUCAAGUGACAAUAAACGAAUAUUUAUUAAUGUUUCUCAAAGUAUUUUCACGUUAAAUUUUAAGCUCAACCACAUUUAAAAACAGCACGCUAUCAAACUGAUUUACCAGUGCUUGAUGUUUAUCUAAUAUUUAAUUCAAGUUUAUUUUACUACAGUUGUGAGUGUUUAGUUUAUUUCAAAGUAAUAAAAUGUGUACCAAAGAAAGACCGAAUUUUAUAUUGGAGAUGAAAAAAUUUAGGGUGGGUAGGCGACGAUAACCCUGGGACACCCUUGCAAACAAGAUGUUCCAUGUCGAGAUACAAAAAAAAUAACAAACACAUGUACGUACGUACCGUGCAAUUGUGGGCAUCGUCCUGGUCGAGCGUGUGAUUGUCACUUGAUUCGGGGAGACCGCACAAACUACCAAUUUGCCAUUUACGUUUUGAUUAUUAUCCACGUUUGUUUUGAGUAGAUUACUAAAAGAGUUGAAAGCCAUCAUCAUGUAAUGCUCUUUUAUUAUAACAAGUUGAUUAUUGCAGCGGCUAAAGAAUGAUUUGACUAUGAUUAUAAUUACUUGAUGCUUUUUAGUGGACGUUUUGGUCAUCAAUCCCGACCAUACGAAAGUGCGAUUUGCAGUCAACCUGCCAUACUGACAAUUCCGACUCGCGUGCACAGACACAGGUGAUUCAGUGCACGUUUAUUUCCUGCAAACUAAAAUAUUUUCUCAAGAACCGAAGGAGUUACACUUUUACCAUCUUCAACCAAGGGUGCGAUCCGGUUUUUGUCUUUCCUCGAUGCGACAUGUACGACCACAUACAAACCGUUCAAAUUAAAGUCUGUGAUGUAGGAGCAUUUCGCUUUUGAGUCACCUGCGAUUGCAUUCACGUCGACAGAACUGCAAAAAAUGCCUCGCUUGCUUCAAAUCGAUUAAUUCCACCGUUAUGUGUGUUGCCUCUGGUGGCCAACAACUCUCGAUGUAACGCGACAUUAUCAGCAGAACAAACAGGCUGAACAUUGCAGUCUGUGUUGUGAUCAUGGCCCGUUUCAGAAUGUUUAACUUUCAGUCUAUAGUCCUUUAUAGUCUGUUUUAUUGAUUACCUUCAACAACAUGUUUUAACGAAAAAUGCAGUUGUCAAAUUUUAUACGGUAAUUGCAGUAUUUAAUAUUGAUAUAUAUGUGUUUAAAUUAAACGAUUGUUAUAUUGAAUUGUUAACAUGAUGCACUGCAAAAUGGCAUUUUAAAGAGAUGUUGUACACUUAGUUUUUAAAUGCGUUAAUGGCCAGUAAAACAGAAAUUCAUACAUUUGUAUGAUGUACGGGUGUUAGAUUAUUCUUCUACAUAUUUUUAACCUGAGACCUCAAAAAAUAGUUUUGACUUCUACAAUAUCUCUUUAAAUGAACUGCUUUGUAUUUGUUAUGUACCGGUAAACAAAUAUGGACUGUCAAUAUUGCUGUUUUGCACAUUUUGGCAUGCUUUUAAAAAGGGUUUAACUCUUCUGAGGAUUUUGUAAGGUUAUACGUUGCCUUUGGAAACCCCUUUUGGACGUUGGCUUAGUGGCGCAUACCCAGAGGGAAAUAAAACAUGUUGACUGCG